CCCGCCCAGAGAGGGUCACGUGCCCCUCGCACCCACUAGGGGCGGAGCUCGGGGAGGUUUGAAAGGUCGGCGCAGGCUUUGAGAGUGGCCGUUCGGUCUGCCACGAGAAUGUCGGUGUUGAGGCCACUGGACAAGCUGCCUGGCCUGAACAUGGCCACCAUCUUGCUGGUGGGCGUGGAGGAUGCUCUUCUGCAGCAGCUGGCGGACUCCAUGCUCAAGGAGGAUUGCGCGUCCGAGAUGCGGGUUCACUUGGCCAAGUCCCUCCCUCUGCCCUCCAACGUGAAUCGACCCCGCAUUGACCUGGUCGUGUUUGUGAUUAACCUUCACAGCAAGUACAGGAGCAGGGGGUCCUGUGGUCUCUGUUCUGAAGUUUUGUCUUCUGGUUUGUUUUCUCACCCGGCCUGGCACCCAAAGCCUGCAGAAUGUGGAGAAGUCCCUGUGCCACUUGGACGCCGGCUUCUUCCUGGGCAAGGUGUGCUUCCUGGCCACAGGGGCUGGGCAGGACAGCCACUGCAGCAUCCACCGGAACACAGUCAGGAAGCUGGCCCACACCUACCGAAGCCCCCUGCUCUUCUGUGACCUGGAGGUGGACGGCUUCCGAGCCAGCAUGGCGCAGCGCCUGGUGCGCAUGCUGCAGAUCUGCGCCGGCCACGUGCCUGGCGUCUCAGCGCUAAACCUGCUGUCACUGCUGCGGAGCCCCGAGAGCCCCCCGCUGGAGGAGCUGUGAGGGCCCCUCCGCUGCUGGUGAGGACAGGCAGGGCAUGGCAGGCCGGGCCAGCUCCCGGCCUCCUGUCCCACGCUCCCCACUCACUCUGCCGGAGGCUGCAUCCUCAUCUUGUGAUACCACAUUGCUACUUAAGGUUUCACUAGAACAAAAGGCCGGUGGCUAAAAAAGUUCUGAAAAUCACUGGUCUCCUCCACCAUCUGACUUUGCAGAUGAGGAAACUGACUCAGAACAGUGCAGAGGGUGGGGGUUCUGUGGGCUCCAUGAGCCUAGUGGGACCCCACAUCCUGCCCCUGCUCUGCCUAGGAACCUGGUUGUUGCCCCUGGGAACCUCAGUUUCCCCAGGUAUAAAUAGAGAUGGUCUGCCCACA